GCGCGGGGCGGCCAGUCGCGGGCACCAGCAGCCGCGGCGCGGCCUCGUCUCUCCAGCCCCGGCCUCCCUGCAUCGGCCCCCGGCCGCGGGUCCGCCCCACGCGGUAGCGCGCUCCCCGCCUGGGCCGGGGUCCUCAGCCUCCUCCCGGCGGCAGGGGAAGGGGGGGCCCGGCAGCCAGCGCGCAGCGGCGCCCGCCGUCCCCGGCCAUGUCGGGCAGCGGCGGGCUGAAGAAGCGGGGCUCGGCCGCCUCGGCGCAGGAGGAGGAGCGGCAGGCGCUGGAGAAGAUGCUGGCGCCGGCGGGGCCCGGCGGCGGGGCCCACGAGAACGGCUGCCCCGGGGCGCUGGCCCCGGGCGCCCCGCCGGGCGGGGAGCUGGGCCCCCCGGGCGGCGGGGACGGCGUGGCGCUGAAGCGCUCCAUCACCCUGCUCAACGGCGUGGCCAUCAUCAUCGGCACCAUCAUCGGCUCGGGCAUCUUCGUCAGCCCCACCGGGGUGCUGAAGGAGGCCGGCUCCCCGGGGCUCUCGCUGGUGGUGUGGGCCGUCUGCGGGCUCUUCUCCAUCGUGGGCGCCCUGUGCUACGCCGAGCUGGGCACCACCAUCUCCAAAUCCGGGGGAGACUACGCCUACAUGCUGGAGGUCUACGGCUCCCUGCCCGCCUUCCUCAAGCUCUGGAUCGAGCUGCUCAUCAUCCGGCCUUCCUCCCAGUACAUCGUGGCCCUGGUCUUCGCCACCUACCUGCUCAAGCCCCUCUUCCCCAGCUGCCCGGUGCCUGAGCAAGGGGCCAAGCUGGUGGCCUGCCUCUGCAUCCUGUUUCUCACAGCGGUGAAUUGUUACAGCGUGAAAGCUGCCACCCGUGUCCAGGAUGCUUUUGCAGCGGCGAAACUGCUGGCUCUUGCUUUGAUCAUCAUCCUUGGUUUUGUGCAGCUUGGGAAGGGUGAUGUGUCAAACCUGAGCCCUGAACACUCCUUCGAAGGCACAAAUGUUGAUGUGGGGAACAUCGUUCUGGCUUUGUAUAGCGGUCUCUUUGCCUAUGGAGGCUGGAAUUACUUGAAUUUUGUCACUGAGGAGAUGAUAAACCCCUACAGAAACCUGCCUCUAGCCAUCAUCAUUUCACUGCCUAUAGUCACCUUAGUUUACGUGUUGACGAACUUGGCUUACUUCACUACCCUGUCAACAGAACAAAUGCUGUCGUCUGAAGCCGUGGCCGUGGACUUUGGGAACUAUCACCUUGGCAUGAUGUCUUGGAUCAUACCCAUCUUCGUUGGCUUAUCAUGUUUUGGGUCUGUCAAUGGAUCCCUCUUCACUUCUUCUCGGCUGUUCUUCGUGGGAUCCCGGGAGGGUCACCUGCCCUCUGUCCUGUCCAUGAUUCACCCCAAGCUUCUCACUCCGGUGCCAUCUCUCAUCUUCACAUGCCUCAUGACCCUGCUCUACGCCUUCUCCAAUGACAUCUUCUCCGUCAUCAACUUCUUCAGCUUCUUCAACUGGCUCUGCGUGGCUCUGGCCAUCAUCGGCAUGAUAUGGCUCCGCUACAAGAAGCCAGAGCUGGAAAGGCCCAUCAAGGUUAACCUCUUGCUGCCCAUCUUCUUCAUCCUGGCCUGCUUAUUCCUGAUCGUGGUCUCCUUCUGGAUGACGCCAGUGGAAUGUGCUAUCGGCUUUGCUAUCAUCCUCAGUGGGAUCCCCAUUUACUUCUUUGGGGUUUGGUGGAAAAACAAACCCAAGUGGAUCCUCCAAAGCAUCUUUUCCGUGACAGUCCUGUGCCAGAAGCUGAUGGAAGUGGUUCCUCAAGAGUCUUAAGGAGGAAAAGCAAAGACAUUCGGCUCGGGGAAAUGCACAAUAUUAUUUUAAAAGAAUGCAAAAGAAAACCUUUCUGAUCCCUCAUAAAUCUAGAUACCCUGAGUACCUUGGUAGAGCUGCUGCAUCUCUGAGACCCCACUCCCUGAUGUGCCCUGCUUUCCCCUCCCUGGCCUCCUCAUCGCCAACAAACCAGACUGCUGAGCAACACUUUGAAGAAGAGUUCUUGGGGUACGAAUUUAGUCUAGGAAGAGGAGUUUCUACUGGUAACCUCAAGAGGCUCCAGCAUGUCUGGUUAGAGGGAAACUGAUCAGGCACUCUCUCUCUGUGUCUGUGUGCGUGUGUGAUUGAUGAUUGGACUUCAGUUGUGUUUGUGCUUAUUUGUUGUCUUGUUUUAAUUUAAGGUUAGCAUUUAGUUUCUCCAUCACAGAGGCUGCAGCUGGAUCCGCUCAAGGAAACAGAAAUUCUAAUGCCGGCAACGUUACCCAUGUGCCUGUGCAAGGGACUGGGAUUUCACACUGCCACAGGGCUGCGGAGCGGUCCCCCAAGUCAUUUUCUUUCAAAUGCAACAAACCCAGCCAGCUUACCAAGCGAGAUCUUCGAAAGGCUAAACACUCCUGGCCACAAGUAGACAAAACAAAUGGACUGAGACAGACACGCUGCUGGUAUGAAACAAGGACUUGCACUGAUUUUAACUGGAUCCCUGGCACUUCUUUGCUGCCCCCCAUGAAUUGUUUUUAUUAUUUUUAGUGAUACUAAAAUUGUAAUCCAUUGGAUAUAUGUGUAUAUAUACACACACACACAUAUAUAGUUUUGGGUUUUUCCCCCCACCUCAGGGACUCCAAAUGUUUCUGCUUUUUACUGACUUAAAAUAAAUAUUAGCAAAUUCUUAGAGAUGUUUGCAAAGCAAA